CUGCCCCCCUCAAACUCAUACAUACACAAGAGAAAAACCGAGAUGGUUGGCACACUGAAUGAACAGAAGAUCACUCAAUACUUCAAGAACAAGAACAUCCUGAUAACUGGAUCAACAGGGCUUCUUGGAAAGGUACUAUUGGAGAAGAUACUCAGAGUUCAACCUGACGUGAAAAAGAUCUAUCUGCCGGUGCGAGCAGUGGACUCCGUCGCAGCAAAAGAACGGGUGGACACUGAGGUUGUAGGGAAUGAGCUGUUUGGGAUUCUGAGAGAGAAGCACGGGGACAUGUUUCAAUCUUUCACUGUAGAAAAGAUCGUCCCGUUUGCGGGAGAUGUGAUGUACGAGGACUUUGGCAUCGAUGUUGUGACUCUAAGGGAGCUUCAGCUAACCGAGGAUCUCGAAAUCAUCAUCAAUGCUGCUGCCACCACAAAUUUCUGUGAAAGGUAUGAUGUGGCUCUGGGGGUGAACGUGGUGGGAGUGAAGCAUAUGUGCAACUUCGCCAAGAAGUGCCCCAAUCUAGAUGUGCUCCUCCACAUCUCCACAGCUUAUGUAGCAGGUGAGAAACAAGGGCUUGUGCAAGAGAGAUUGUUCAAGGACGGUGAGACACUACGUGCGGGGACCCACCUCAACAUCGAUAUUGAGCUGAGCAUAGCGAAAGACCUAAAAAAGAAACUUGAGACCGAUGUUGACAUGUCAUCCAAAGCCAUGAAGGAACUCGGCCUCUCUCGAGCCAGACACUUCGGUUGGCCGAACACAUACGUGUUCACCAAGACGAUGGGGGAGAUGAUAUUAUCCCAGCUGCUCCGGCGUGAGGACGACAUUCCUGUUGUCAUUGUACGACCUAGCAUUAUCACCAGCAUCCUCAACGACCCGUUGCCAGGAUGGAUCCAAGGCACCAGGACGAUUGACAAGUUCUUGAUCAGCUAUGCAAAGCAGAACCUACCAUGUGCCUUGGGUGAUCUUGACCUCACCAUGGAUGUGAUUCCGAGCAACAUGGUGGUCAAUGCCAUUAUUUCUGCCAUAGUGACACACAGCUCGUUGUCGAAUCCGAAGAGGGAGGGGGCGGAGGACUCACCAGUGGUGUACCACGUGAGCUCCUCGACGCGGCACCCAGUGCCAUAUGGGAUUCUAUACCGGACGGCCAAACGUUACUUCAAUGAGCAUCCACGGGUGGGCACCGACGGUCGCGUCGUUCCUACCCGCGAGGUGUGGUUAAUCAACAAUAUCACCUUGUUCCACUUCUUAGUGGUGGUCACGUUCCGUUUCCCUCUCGAACUCCUCCACGUGUUAUCUAUCCUCUGUUGCGGCCUAUUUGGGCUAGGUCCACUAUACCAUGACCUGGCGGAGAAGUACAGGAUCCUCAUAAAGCUCAUGGACAUAUAUGGACCCUUUGCGUUGUUCAAGGGAUGCUUCGAUGACUUCAACCUCAAUAAGCUCCGACUCUCCAUGAUUGACGAUGAUGCUAGCAUCUUCAACUUUGAUCCCAAGACCAUUGACUGGGAAGACUACUUCUACAGGGUGCACAUCCCUGGCGUCAUGAAGUACUUGUUCAAGUAA